AUGCUUCACCGUACCAAAUACAACCGCUUCAGGAAUGAGUCAGUAACAUCGGUUGAUGAGCUACUCCAAGGCCUGUCAAUGAACCCUAAGGUCUCGGCCGCCCCCCAACCUGCUGCCGAGACAUCUUACGCCCCCUCGACCGAGAUCCACCCCUCUUCUUCCACCACCACCACCACCGCUUCCAGCACCACCACCAGCCACAGCUCCGACCACCUGGAGGAUGGAGGCACCACCCUGUGCACGCUCAUCAACAAAGUGUCUAACCUGAAAUUCAGCAACUCGGGCAGCUUGUUGGGCAUCAAAGGUCUGCCCUCAGCUGUCAAGGACCUGGCUGUGUCUAAGCUGCAGGGGAGUGGGGGCUCAGGAUCCAGUACCUCUGGUAGCCCUGGCCCCAGUGUGUCAGUGGCUGUGGCGGCAGCAGCAGCCUCCAGUGUGGGCAGCUCAUUGUGUAGCUCAGCCUCCGUUGGUGCCCCUUCCUCCCAGCUGGAGUCAGCAAGCAGUAUGAACAAGAAGAGCCGGCUGGAAGAGCAUCAGCCCAGCGGAGAGGACUGGAACCCAGGAGGAGGAGGUGGACUGGUGAACAAACCCUCCAGAGGUUGGCUGCACUCGAAUGAGAAGAUCUCUGGCCCUGGAGUGACAUAUAUUGUAAAGUAUCUAGGCUGCAUAGAAGUCCUUCGGUCAAUGAGGUCCCUAGAUUUCACCACCAGGUCACAAAUAACAAGGGAAGCUAUUAGCUUGGUGUGUGAGGCUGUUCCAGGGACCAAAGGAGCGCUGCGAAAGAAAAAGCCACCUUCUAAAGCCCUGUCCAGUAUACUAGGGAAGAGCAACCUGCAGUUUGCUGGCAUGUCCAUCAACCUCAACAUAUCCACCAGUAGCCUCAACCUGAUGACCCCUGACUCAAAACAGAUCAUAGCCAACCAUCAUAUGCAGUCCAUCUCCUUUGCAUCAGGUGGAGACCCUGAUACAACAGAUUAUGUUGCCUACGUUGCAAAGGACCCAGUUAAUCGAAGAGCUUGUCAUAUCCUGGAGUGCUCUGAUGGGCUGGCUCAAGAUGUCAUCAGUACCAUCGGUCAGGCCUUUGACCUACGCUUCCAACAAUAUCUGCAAUGCCCUUCAAGCAAGCUCUCCUGCACACAUGACAGGGUAUUAAACAUGGAGGAGUUUCCAUGGACAGAGGAAGAAGAAGAGCUAGCAGAACACCCCUACUACAACAAUAUCCCCGGCAAGAUGCCUCCCCCCGGAGGCUUCAUCGACACCAGGCUGACCAGUCAGAGCACAGCACCAGAUGGAGGCCAGAUGGGCCCUGGCUUGGUAGACCAGACAUACUACCAGGGACGGCACUGUGGAGAGAGCUGGGGGGACGAGCGGAAGCCAAUACUAAUGCAACAAGGGUCCACUGAUAUAUGCAGUCUACCUGAGGGUAAAAUUCAGGCAACAAAUACUGGAGAUAUGCCCGCAUAUGUCAACACCCAACAGAUUGAUGCCCACAUGCGUGCAGCACUUCAGGGAGAGACGGAAAAUAGUCCCCAGAAGGACCUUUUUGACAUGAAGCCCUUCGAGGAUGCCAUCCAGUCUCAGUCUCAUCCCCAAGGCCAACUCCAGUCAAAGAGCCAAACCCAGACCCAGCCAAUUGGUCUCCACAAGGCAGCGUCCGUGGAUAACUCCAGCCCUCUUCUAGUCCGCUCGGUGGCCUUCUGGUCACAGGAAGAACUAGAGGGACAGACUUGGUACCAUGGUGAAAUGAGCCGUCGUGAUGCUGAAAAACUUCUGAGAGAAGACGGGGAUUUCCUGGUUCGCAAGAGUACCACCAACCCUGGGUCCUAUGUACUGACAGGCAUGCACAAUGGACUUGCCAAACACCUGCUGCUGGUGGACCCCGAGGGCACGGUAAGGACAAAAGAUCACAUAUUUGACAGCAUUAGCCACCUUAUUGGACAUCAUCGUGAGAACAAUCUGCCAAUCGUGUCUGCUGGAAGUGAACUGUGUCUCAUCCAGCCAGUAGGAAGAAAAUAG